AUUUGUGCUUUUACAUUGUGCUUAAUUUACAUAACUGGUGCUAUUUAUUUGUUUAAUUAAUGACAUUAUGGAUGAUCUUUGUAUUAAAUGCAGGAUAAUUGUGUCUGAUAAUGAUGCUGCAGUUGAUUGUGAUAAAUGUGGGAACUGGCAACACAUAGCAUGUGAUACCGGUAUAACAAAAGCUGCCUACAAUAGAGCUAACAGAAGACGCACACCACUCACUUUUGUUUGUCAGGCAUGUUCUACAAAUGAUGUUCAUGUCCUACACUCAACCUUGGUGGAUGAGUCUCCAACCAGAACUGCACCCUGCAAUCCUACAUUUGAAUUAGA